AUGACUUCGUCAUCUUCGUCAUCCUCCGCAUCGUCGGGUGGAUCAAACCCAAAAUCGCGAGUACGACGUCAAAAAGCGAACUGUCGAGAACGCAAUCGUAUGCACGGCUUGAAUAGGGCAUUGGAUGUGCUCAGACAGUGUGUUCCACUCACCACACAACACCAGAAACUGUCCAAAAUUGAAACGCUUCGACUGGCCAGAAACUAUAUUGCGGCGUUGAAUUACAUUCUGCAAAGUGGCUCACAACCGACAGCACUCGAAUAUGCGCACAUGUUGAGUGACGGAAUGAGUCAAACGACAACCAAUUUGAUCGCAACUCUUCUCCAAGUGCAACCCAGACUUUUGGUCGCCUCCCAACAACGACACUCAUCGAAAUGCUCUGAAUACCAUCAACCCAGCUCUGUGCCACCUGCAUUCCCUCUGCAACAAUCACCCACCAACAGCGCUUCGUCUUAUUCACCAUCCUACUCAGUCCCAACACCGCAAUCCUGCACUGCUGCACUAAUACCGUACCCUGCAGCCGUACAGUUAUCUCCCUCCCCGUCCACUUCCUCAUAUUCAUAUCAGCAAUUCAAUUAUUCCACUCUGCCCUCCACAUCGCUCAACCUUCAUCAUCAUAACAUUUAUCCAUCAUCCAAUUUUGUCCCAUAUCCAGAAUGA